CACAAGUUUAAAUGGGAAACUCAAAUUUAAGCUUCUUAAAGUUUAUCAGCUUAAAUGCGUGUUUUUAAAUUUUUAACGAAUUUUUGAUCUAUUUUAUUUAGUUUAUAGCCUGACAGUCAGCAUCGUUGUUUUAAAGUUCAUUGUCGUGCCAAAAAAUGGUUACAAUUGAGGAUAAAGGGAAACUUUUACCAGCAUUUCUUGGUAUGAAAGGUCUGGUUAAACAACAUCUCGACUCUUUCAAUCAUUUUAUUCAAGUGGAGAUUAAAAAUAUUCUCAAAGCGAAUGCGGAAGUCCGUUGUGAAAAUGAUCAGAAUUGGUUUUUACGUUAUCUGGAUAUUAAAGUGGACUCUCCUCGAAUAGAAGAGGGUUUCAAUGUGUCUCGUCCGACAACACCGCAUGAGUGUCGACUUCGCGAUAUUACUUACAGCGCUCCAAUAUCUGUUAAGCUUGAAUAUGCAAAAGGACAACAACGUGUUGUUCCUUCGGAAUAUUUGGUUAUUGGUAGAAUGCCAAUCAUGGUUGGCUCGAAUAAUUGCAUACUAAAUGGUAAAAGUUAUGCAGAACGGAUGGCUCUUAAAGAAUGUCCAAAUGAUCCUGGGGGCUACUUCAUUGUAAAUGGAAGUGAGAAAGUUAUUCUAAUUCAUGAACAGCUCUCUAGAAAUCGUAUUUUAAUUGAAGAGGGUCCAGUGUGCCAAGUCACCAGUGCUACAGCUGAGAGAAAAUCUCGAACUAACUUAGUCAUCAAUAAAAAGAAACAAAUAGUCAUGAAGCACAACUCAUUCACUGACGAAGGAAUCCACAUAUUUAUUGUGUUUAAAGCUAUGGGAUUUCUUAGUGAAAGUGAGAUUGUGGAAUAUAUUUGUGGAACACUUAAGGAAAAUGGUGAAGUUGAUGUCAAUUUUCUAAUUCCAUCCAUCGAAGCUUGUCAUAAAGCAGAAGUCUGGACAUCACAGCAAGCCUUACAAUUCAUGGCCAAUCGCUUGAAGAACAAAUCAUCUGGCUUGAAAGCUGGUGAAAAUCGUCGUUUUUCUUCAAUUGAUUUAAUUAGAGAACUUUUGGCCACCACAAUAAUAGCUCAUGUCCCUGUGACAAAUCUAAAUUUCCGACUGAAGGCCAUCUAUUUAGCUCAAAUGGUUAGACGACUAAUAUUGGCAGUUGAUAACCCCGAAUACAUUGAUGAUAGAGAUUAUUACGGUAACAAAAGGCUUGAGCUUGCUGGCUCAUUAAUUGGACUCCUUUUUGAAGAUCUUUUGAAACGAUUCAACUCUGAAUUGAGAAUGAUAACCGAUAAAAAUAUUGGCAAGGUUGCGGCUGCUCAGUUUGAUAUUACGAAACACAUGAGGCAAGAUUUAAUUACCAAUGGCCUGGUUAAUUGUAUCGCUACUGGCAACUGGACUUUAAAAAGAUUCAAGAUGGAGAGGAUCGGAGUUAGUCAGGUUCUCAGUCGACUCAGUUACAUCUCUGCUCUUGGUAUGAUGACUCGUAUCAACUCUCAAUUUGAAAAAACUCGCAAAACAUCGGGACCUAGAUCUUUGCAAUGCAGUCAGUGGGGAUUGGUCUGCCCUUGUGAUACUCCUGAAGGCGAAUCUUGUGGUCUUAUCAAAAAUCUCGCUCUCAUGACUCACAUCACUACUGAUGUAGAUGACAAACCAAUCAUUGAUAUCUGUCUCUACUUUGGUUUUGUGCUAGAUAUUAAUUUAUGUGAAAGUGGCUCCAAAAUUAACCAACAUCCAUUAGUUUUUGUUAAUGGAAAUAUCAUUGGUAUUGCAAUUCAACCUGAAACUCUAGUUACAACUUUGAGACAUUUACGUCGUAAGGGAUUAAUCUCUGAAUUUAUAUCAGUUUCCAUCAAUCAAUUACAUAAAGCUGUUUAUAUCGCUACCGAUGGUGGUAGACUGUGCCGUCCAUAUAUUAUCGUGAAUACUUCUACUGGAUUGCCUCGAGUUGAAUCAAAGCACAUCGAAAAAUUAAACAGGGGAUUAAUGAACUUUUCCGACUUUAUCAAUGAGGGUUUGAUUGAAUAUUUGGAUGUCAACGAGGCCAGUGAUGCACACAUUGCCAUCGAAACGAAAGAUAUUAAAAUGUGUGUGACUACUCAUUUAGAAAUCGAGCCUUUUACUCUUUUAGGAGUUUGUGCUGGUUUAAUUCCUUUUCCACACAACAAUCAGUCUCCUCGUAAUACAUAUCAAUGUGCUAUGGGAAAACAAGCAAUGGGCACGAUUGGUCUAAAUCAACGAGAACGAAUUGAUACUCUUCUGUAUCUCCUAGCUUACCCACAAAGACCAGUUGUUAAAACAAAAACAAUUGAAUUAAUUCAUUUUGACGAGAUGCCUGCUGGACAAAAUGCUAUUGUCGCUGUUAUGUCUUACUCAGGUUACGAUAUUGAGGAUGCUUCUAUCAUGAAUAAAGCAAGUAUUGACAGAGGUUAUGGACGCUGUUUUGUUUAUCGCAACCAAAAGUGCUUUUUGAGACGUUAUCCUACAAUGGAUGGAAUUUCAGAUAGAAUUCAAGGUCCGAUUGUGGAAGCUGAGCCUCCUCAUAAACCCAUUUUUCGUCAUGCAGCUCUUGAUAAUGACGGUAUUGCAGCUCCAGGGGAGAUUAUCAAGAAUCGACAAUUAUUAGUAAACAAACAAUCACCAAUCCCGGGGACGGCAAUUGACGAAACUGGUACCGGCAAAGUUGGAUCAAUGAAUUAUAGUUUUAAAGAUGUGCCAAUCACCUAUAGAGGAAUCGAAGAUAGCUGUGUAGAAAAAGUCAUGAUAACUUCAAAUACUGAGGAAUCAUUUUUGAUUAAAUUACUUUUGCGACAAAUGAGAAGACCUGAAGUUGGUGAUAAAUUCAGUUCUCGUCACGGUCAAAAAGGUGUUAUCGGACUUAUUGUAUCUCAAGAGGACUUGCCUUUUAAUUGUGAGGGAAUAUGUCCUGACAUGGUUAUGAACCCACACGGAUUUCCUUCAAGAAUGACAGUUGGGAAAUUGAAAGAACUAGUCGCUGGAAAAUCAGCUAUUAUUAAAGGAACUUUACAUGAUGGAACCGCUUUUGGAGGUACAACAAUUCAAGAAAUGACCGAAAUUAUGCAGGAAUACGGUCAUAAUUAUCACGGAAAAGAGGUUAUGACAAGUGGUAUUACUGGCGAACCCCUUACUGCAUAUAUUUUUUUCGGUCCAAUCUAUUAUCAAAAGCUUAAACACAUGGUCUUGGAUAAAGUACAUGGUCGUUCUCGUGGCCCUAAAGCUGUUCUUACUCGUCAACCAACCGAAGGAAGAGCCCGUGAUGGAGGUCUGCGUCUCGGAGAAAUGGAGCGAGAUUGUUUGAUUGGUCAUGGUGUUAGUAUGUUAUUGUUAGAAAGAUUGAUGUUAUCUAGUGAUGCAUUCAAUGUUGAUGUAUGUACCGCUUGUGGCCUUCUUGGUUAUCAAAAAUGGUGCUCAUAUUGCCAAUCAAGUAGAUCUCUUGCAGAUAUUCAAGUUCCUUAUGCAUACAAACUUCUUCUACAAGAGCUUCAAGCAAUGAGUAUUCAACCACGGCUCAAAUUAACCCAUAUGUAAUUCAACUAAUUGUGAAACAUGUAUAAAUGUUUGUAAAUUUUACGAAAGUUGUAAAUUAAUACAAUGGAUUUGAUUGUAAUUUUGUAAUUCAGAAUUUUAUUCUUUUGUCUAUAAAAUAUUGAAUAAAAGGUUGCAAUAUUAA